UCGCAUUUUAUGCUUAACUUCUUACGAAUAUUUCACGGCUUAAGACGUCAGUUGCUUCCGUUCGUUCGCCACCACUUGCAGUUCGUUUGCCAUUUUCGCAACAAAACUUCGCGACUCGAGCAUAUUUACUUAAUUUUCUUUAAUUUACUUAAUUUUUAUUUUCCAAAUAAAUGUGUUAAUAAAAUUUCAGAAAAUAUUCUUUAUUCCUUUUUAUUUGAAUUGAUCGUGAAAUGUCAGUGGUUUAUUAUUGAGUUAAAAUUGGGGAAUUUUAAGCAGAGUACCUCAAAUAAAAACCAAACAUUGUUGAUAAUAUUAAUUGCUACAAGUUUCAAAAACUUUGAGUUGUGUAUGCUCCUUGAUUUCGAUUUGUAAUUCUUCAUCGCGCAACGGCUGAUGGACACGAGCAAAUUCGCCUAGCCACGACAGGCAACCAAGCGCGUCGAUUAAAAUUGCCCAAUACGCCGCGCCGAAGUGAACGAGUUAGACAAACUCACAAAUGCGGUUUUGGAAAAACUUCUGUAACAAUUAUAAGCGUAAGAACAACCUAAGAGACCAACAAAAAAAAAAAUCAAUAACAAAGCAUUGCUAACUGCACAAACAAAAAAAAAAGCAGCUGCAGAAGAUUACAUUUGUCAUCACCGCGGCAACGUACAUAAUUACCACAAUAACAUAAACCACAAGUGCAGCUAACGUUUAGCGGGUAGAAACAAAAGCAAGCGUUACUGGUAGCUAGCGGUACACAAACUGAGGUACUUAUGUUCUUGCAACGGCCGCAAAUGACACUAAACACGUUGCAGCUGCCGCUGGCAUUGUCACUGUUGCUCAUGUGUCACGGUGCCUGGGCAAACAGAACGACAAAUGCAGCCGGAGCAGCUGCCAAUGUAGCCGAUGCUUUAAAAGCCAACGCGACGCCAACAUCUGUACCGUUGUUAGCUGUACCUUUAGUUUCGUCAUCGGAAGCUACACUUCUAACUACGCAGCGCCUAUUUCCGCCAUCAACGUCAUCAUCUUCGCCUUCAAGGUUGGGCCGAGCGCGUCGCCGCUUUAAUGACGACGAAGUGGCGGACGUAGAAUUGACGCCACCACAUAAGGCCACUACUGCCGAUAUCAAAGCAUCUACUAUCGCUAAAACCGGGCGCAAUCUUGGCAAUUUGCCAAAAAAACGUUACAAAGUAGUGGCGGUGCAUACAAAUUGUACGCGCGACCUCUUCUCGAUGCGCAUCGACUUGAAUCGAGAUUUUCGUGGUCUUGUCUACGCCAAGGAUUUUCCAUUGGAGUGCAGUGCGCGCGGUAGUGCACAUCAAAAUGUCACAUUGCGACUACCCACAUCCGGUUGUGGAGUGCGCGCCGAGCCGCGCGCGGAUGGGGUAAUGGAGUUGUCCGUACGGGUGAUGCUACAAAUGGAGCAAAAGUUGCGUCAGAGUUCGGAUAUAUUGCGUACAGUGCGUUGCAAGCUGCAGCCAACGGCAAUGGGCAUGAUGGUGGGGCCAGUUGCGAGCUUGGCGGGAAAACGUGUAAGGAUCAAAGCGGAUCAACAGCGAAAAGUAGCUCAGAAUUACAGAAAUGGACGCAUGCGCAUGCUCGAUGCGUCACACAACAAUAAAGACAACACAAAUGCCGUUGCAGCAGCUGGCAAUGAAGAUUUCACCAAUGUGCCGCAAACGGAUGCGUCUACCAUUGAAUCGCAAACAUUGAAAGAACACGAACAUAAAAAAGUAGAAGCCGAAGGCGAAGAAGAAGAAGAAGGCCAACAUGAACAGGAAGCAUAUGCGACCUCCAAACCUCCGGAGUCAACAGCUACAGCGGUGCUUGAAAGCGCCGACGGUAGCAGUGGCGCCUCCAAUAGCACACCAAGCAGCAAUGCCACACCACGCGUGCGGAUUUGGCUCGAACUGGGGGGCCUUGACGGUUCCGGCGCAGUGGAAGUUGGCCAAGCCACAACAUUGACCGUGCGCGCCAUAGUGCCAGGCUCGAUGGGUGUGCGUGUGGUGGACUGUGCGGCGCUCGAUGGGCUGGGUGAAUCGAAGCAGCAGCUGCUGGACGAGCGCGGCUGCACAAUAGAUGAGCAGGUCAUGCCGCCGUUGAAUAAACAUUUCAAACCACUCGACGAGGGCUGGUCAAAACAACAACCGGACGACUUGAUGGAGAAAACAUUCACGGCCACGUUUCCAGCCUUCAAAUUUCCCGAUCGCGAACGCUUGCAUGUGAGUUGUGGCGUGCAACUUUGCAAAGGCAAAUGCCCGAACGUGAAUUGUCGCAGCUCGGAGCCGUUACAGCUGAGCGCUGAUAAGCAUUUGGCACGCAUCGAAGUCUUCAAUUCAUUGGCGGUGACGGCGCCGCAAAUAGAAGUGGACCGAUUGCGCUACGAUCGUCGCUAUAAUAUGAGUGCCGAAGAAUACCCGCCCCACAUUCGUCAAAUUCAUAGCGACGGCACCCUUUGUCUGUCCGUCUCCAAGUUAGCCAUCUCGUUCUGCGUGCUGGGCCUCAUCUUUCUGGUGGCCGUGAUUGUGGCAAUUUAUUCGCUGAUACGUGCGCGUCGUCGUUCCACGGGCAGUACUUGUGCGUUGACGCCGCCUAGCAGUGGGGCGGGCCAUGUGCAGCGUGCAGAGCUCUGCACAUCGAUGUUCUCAUCGAGCAGCGAAUCAGCGCAAUCGGCACGCUUUGGCAGCAAGCUGCUAAUGCCCUACUACCCGAAUACGUUGCCCUAUGGCAGGGUCUACUAAUUUUCUGAACUACACACGAAUAUAGGAGCUAUUUCUUUAAGUUUUUAGUUUUAAGCUUCUCAUUUCGCUCAUCAUCUAAAGACUGAUUUUUGUAAUUUUAUUCUUAGCGAAUGCUUUGAAAAAAAAACAAAGAAAAAAAUAGUAAUAAUACUAUCCGAAAAAAUUUGAUUUUCCAAACACCCAAUGCAAUAAUACUCUAACACUUUUUACUAUUAGGCAUUAAGUAGCUGUUACGAAAGAAAUUCGAAAACAUUUUAUAAACCAUUUGUUAAUGUGGAAAAUGUUUUUUGACUUUUCUUUCUAAAUAUUGGUUUAAGGUUAAUUAAUUUUGAAUAAAAUGUAGCAGAAAAGCGAAGUGAAAGCUAGCACUAGGAUAAGAACUUAUUUGUUUUUCAAGAAAUUACUUAUAAUACUCAAUUCAACAAAUGUUAUAUAACCAAAAAAUAUUUUUUUUUAAUUUUUAGAACUUCAAAGCUAAAGUCAUAUAAAUGACUGUUGGCAAAAAAUAUUUCCUAUAAAUGAAGAUUUAUUUUAAUAUUGAAAAACUAUAUCACAACAUUAGGAAAAGAUAAACACGAAAAAUAUAAAAUAAAGUUAAUUUGCUAGAAUGAAGCCCGAUAUUUAAAAAAUGUGAAAAGACUAAAAUUCAAAACAUAUCCACUCGUCCUAAAUUAUACGCUAUCAAGCAAGUAUUGGUGGCGGCUAUCGUGGUUCAAAUUAAAAAUAUUUAAAAUAUAAAUUUUUUUUUAUUAAAAAGUUCCUUAUUAAAAAUGAAUGUUGAAACAUUUUUCUAAACUAUAAAUUUGUAUUUUAAAUUUUGGAAAAAAAUACUUUCUAGUAAUUUAAUUCAUUAUAUAUGAACAACAUAGGUUUUCUUAAACAAAAUACACCCAAAGAGUUUUUCUUAUAUGCUUUAUUUUUACUUCACUGGUGUAGGUAUUUACAUAUAAUUUCUAAUUUGCUCUCUGAAAUAGUUAUUUUACAGGUUACUUACAACGAAAUAUAAUUUAUAACGAAGUAAAAGAAA